AGCAGCAGCAGCAGCAGCAGCAGCAGCAGCAGCAGCAGCAGCAGCAGCAGCAGCAGCAGCAGCAGCAGCAGCAGCAGCAGCAGCAGCAGCAGCAGCAGCAGCAGCAGCAGCAGCAGCAGCAGCAGCAGCAGCAGCAGCAGCAGCAGCAGCAGCAGCAGCAGCAGCAGCAGCAGCAGCAGCAGCAGCAGCAGCAGCAGCAGCAGCAGCAGCAGCAGCAGCAGCAGCAGCAGCAGCAGCAGCAGCAGCAGCAGCAGCAGCAGCAGCAGCAGCAGCAGCAGCAGCAGCAGCAGCAGCAGCAGCAGCAGCAGCAGCAGCAGCAGCAGCAGCAGCAGCAGCAGCAGCAGCAGCAGCAGCAGCAGCAGCAGCAGCAGCAGCAGCAGCAGCAGCAGCAGCAGCAGCAGCAGCAGCAGCAGCAGCAGCAGCAGCAGCAGCAGCAGCAGCAGCAAGCAGCAGCAGCAGCAGCAGCAGCAGCAGCAGCAGCAGCAGCAGCAGCAGCAGCAGCAGCAGCAGCAGCAGCAGCAGCAGCAGCAGCAGCAGCAGCAGCAGCAGCAGCAGCAGCAGCAGCAGCAGCAGCAGCAGCAGCAGCAGCAGCAGCAGCAGCAGCAGCAGCAGCAGCAGCAGCAGCAGCAGCAGCAGCAGCAGCAGCAGCAGCAGCAGCAGCAGCAGCAGCAGCAGCAGCAGCAGCAGCAGCAGCAGCAGCAGCAGCAGCAGCAGCAGCAGCAGCAGCAGCAGCAGCAGCAGCAGCAGCAGCAGCAGCAGCAGCAGCAGCAGCAGCAGCAGCAGCAGCAGCAGCAGCAGCAGCAGCAGCAGCAGCAGCAGCAGCAGCAGCAGCAGCAGCAGCAGCAGCAGCAGCAGCAGCAGCAGCAGCAGCAGCAGCAGCAGCAGCAGCAGCAGCAGCAGCAGCAGCAGCAGCAGCAGCAGCAGCAGCAGCAGCAGCAGCAGCAGCAGCAGCAGCAGCAGCAGCAGCAGCAGCAGCAGCAGCAGCAGCAGCAGCAGCAGCAGCAGCAGCAGCAGCAGCAGCAGCAGCAGCAGCAGCAGCAGCAGCAGCAGCAGCAGCAGCAGCAGCAGCAGCAGCAGCAGCAGCAGCAGCAGCAGCAGCAGCAGCAGCAGCAGCAGCAGCAGCAGCAGCAGCAGCAGCAGCAGCAGCAGCAGCAGCAGCAGCAGCAGCAGCAGCAGCAGCAGCAGCAGCAGCAGCAGCAGCAGCAGCAGCAGCAGCAGCAGCAGCAGCAGCAGCAGCAGCAGCAGCAGCAGCAGCAGCAGCAGCAGCAGCAGCAGCAGCAGCAGCAGCAGCAGCAGCAGCAGCAGCAGCAGCAGCAGCAGCAGCAGCAGCAGCAGCAGCAGCAGCAGCAGCAGCAGCAGCAGCAGCAGCAGCAGCAGCAGCAGCAGCAGCAGCAGCAGCAGCAGCAGCAGCAGCAGCAGCAGCAGCAGCAGCAGCAGCAGCAGCAGCAGCAGCAGCAGCAGCAGCAGCAGCAGCAGCAGCAGCAGCAGCAGCAGCAGCAGCAGCCAGCAGCAGCAGCAGCAGCAGCAGCAGCAGCAGCAGCAGCAGCAGCAGCAGCAGCAGCAGCAGCAGCAGCAGCAGCAGCAGCAGCAGCAGCAGCAGCAGCAGCAGCAGCAGCAGCAGCAGCAGCAGCAGCAGCAGCAGCAGCAGCAGCAGCAGCAGCAGCAGCAGCAGCAGCAGCAGCAGCAGCAGCAGCAGCAGCAGCAGCAGCAGCAGCAGCAGCAGCAGCAGCAGCAGCAGCAGCAGCAGCAGCAGCAGCAGCAGCAGCACAGCAGCAGCAGCAGCAGCAGCAGCAGCAGCAGCAGCAGCAGCAGCAGCAGCAGCAGCAGCAGCAGCAGCAGCAGCAGCAGCAGCAGCAGCAGCAGCAGCAGCAGCAGCAGCAGCAGCAGCAGCAGCAGCAGCAGCAGCAGCAGCAGCAGCAGCAGCAGCAGCAGCAGCAGCAG